AUGGCGGCCACGCGAAGCGCAGCUCUCAAGAUCGACUGGGUAAAGGUUACCAGCUCGCUGGGCCUUCGCGGUCAGACAGUCGCCUCCCUCCAGGCCUUCAAGAAGAGAAACGAAGACGCCCGCCGCAAGGUCCAGCAGCUGUCCGAGCAGCCUACGACGGUCGACUUUGCCGCCUACCGAUCUACGCUCAAGAACCAGGCCGUCAUCGACGAGAUUGAGAAGCGCUUCAACGCCUUCAAGCCCACCACCUACGACGUCAGCCGCCAGCUCAAGGCCAUUGACGCCUUCGAGGUUGAGGCCGUCAAGAACGCCGAGGCCACCAAGCAGGCUGUUGAUCUCGAGCUCAAGGAUCUCGCUGCCACUUUGAAGAACAUCGAGGAGGCUCGUCCCUUCGAGGACCUCACUGUCGACGAAGUUGCUGCCGCCGAGAAGUCCAUCGACGAGAAGACCACCCAACUCAUUUCCAAGGGCAGAUGGAUGGUGCCUGGAUACAAGGAGAAGUUCGGCGACCUGGCGCUGGUGUAA